UAGCCCGACUUGGGCCGGCUUUGUUUAGUCGACUAGUGACAGUGUUAGCGGGAAGAUGAAGUCAAGUUUAAAGCUCAAACACGCAGGCGUGAUUUUGCUGGCAUUGAAUUGCGUCUUACUUUGCUCAGCGCAAGGUGGCAAUGGCGGCGCCGGCGGCUGGGGUGGCGCGGCAGGCUCGCCUGGGGCACCGGGUGCACCGGGCAGUAGUGAUUUUGGCUACGGCUAUGCUGGCGUAGACAGUCGUGGUCAUGCGUAUGGGGGCGCUGGUGGCAAUGGCGGCUAUUAUGUUGGCGGCCUGGACGACCAAGGCAGACGCUUUUCAUACAGUGGCGGCGCGGGUGGUAUGCCGGGUAUGCCAGGCAUGCCGGGCGGCUACCCGGGUGCGCCUGGUGCACCGUUAGGACCAGUUGGACCAGGCAACUACCCUGGCUACUAUGAUCAGCGCUACCGAUCGUCAGCGAAUGCUAAGUUUGCGCAGACGCACUGCUGGUUGCUGCUAAUAUCGUUCGCUGUGCUUUCGCGAUUUUUGUAGACAUUUUUGUAAAUACAAAAAUCUUUUUUAAACUUUA